ACGUGCCUUCCCCGAGAGCCGGCCCUGCGCCGGCCGGGCGCUCGCGCAAUGAACCAGAGCCCGGUGUUCGCGCCCCGCAGGGGCGGCUCUCCCCGGCGGGCGGCUGGAGCCGGCGCGCGGCGCAACGAGAGCCAGGACUACCUGCUCUUGGACUCGGAGCCCGGAGAGGACUGCUGCCCUCAGCCCCCGCGGCCGGCCUACGGCUACUACCCCUGCCUCCGAGACACCGACAAUAGGCUGGCCCAUCGGCGGCAGACGAUUCUCCGCGAGAAGGGGAGAAGGUUAGCUAACCGGGGACCAGCAUACAUGUUUAAUGAUCACUCAACAAGCUUAUCUGCUGAGGAGGAACGUUUUUUAGAUGCUGCUGAAUAUGGCAACAUCCCGGUGGUGAGGAAGAUGUUGGAAGAAUGUCUUUCGCUGAAUGUCAACUGUGUGGAUUACAUGGGCCAGAAUGCCCUGCAGUUGGCAGUGGCCAAUGAGCAUCUGGAAAUCACAGAACUGCUUCUCAAGAAAGAAAACCUGUCUCGCGUUGGGGACGCCUUGCUUCUCGCUAUUAGUAAAGGUUACGUUCGGAUUGUGGAAGCCAUUCUCAGUCAUCCAGCUUUUGCAGAAGGCAAGAGGCUAGCCACCAGCCCCAGCCAGUCUGAACUCCAGCAAGACGACUUUUAUGCCUAUGAUGAAGACGGGACACGGUUCUCUCAUGAUGUGACGCCCAUCAUUCUGGCUGCCCACUGCCAGGAAUACGAAAUCGUGCACACCCUCUUGCGGAAAGGUGCUCGGAUUGAACGGCCUCACGAUUACUUCUGCAAGUGCAGUGAGUGCAACCAGAAACAGAAGCACGACUCCUUCAGUCACUCCAGAUCGAGGAUUAAUGCCUACAAGGGCCUGGCAAGUCCAGCUUACCUGUCACUGUCUAGUGAGGACCCAGUCAUGACCGCUUUAGAGCUGAGCAACGAGCUGGCGGUGCUGGCCAACAUUGAGAAAGAGUUCAAGAAUGACUACAAAAAACUGUCAAUGCAGUGCAAAGAUUUUGUUGUUGGACUCCUUGAUCUGUGCAGAAAUACUGAAGAAGUGGAGGCCAUCCUGAAUGGGGACGUUGAAGUGUGCCACAGUGGGGGAGAUCACGGUCGUCCAAAUCUCAGCCGUCUAAAACUAGCCAUUAAAUAUGAAGUAAAAAAAUUUGUAGCUCAUCCAAACUGUCAGCAGCAGCUUCUGUCCAUCUGGUAUGAGAACCUGUCCGGUCUACGGCAGCAGACGAUGGCAGUGAAGUUUCUGGUGGUCCUCGGGGUGGCUGUCGGAUUGCCCUUCCUGGCUCUCAUCUACUGGUUUGCUCCGUGCAGCAAGAUGGGGAAGAUUAUGCGAGGACCAUUCAUGAAGUUUGUAGCACACGCUGCGUCCUUUACCAUUUUUCUGGGACUGCUAGUCAUGAAUGCAGCUGACAGAUUUGAAGGCACCAAACUCCUUCCUAAUGAAACCAGCACAGAUAAUGCAAAACAGCUGUUCAGGAUGAAAACAUCCUGCUUCUCGUGGAUGGAGAUGCUCAUUAUAUCCUGGGUAAUAGGCAUGAUAUGGGCCGAAUGUAAAGAAAUUUGGACGGAAGGCCCCAAGGAAUACUUGUUUGAGUUGUGGAAUAUGCUUGAUUUUGGUAUGUUAGCGAUCUUUGCGGCAUCAUUCAUUGCAAGAUUCAUGGCAUUUUGGCAUGCUUCCAAAGCCCAGCGCAUCAUUGAUGCAAAUGAUACUCUGAAGGACUUGACCAAAGUCACAUUGGGAGACAAUGUGAAAUAUUACAAUUUGGCCAGGAUCAAGUGGGACCCCUCUGAUCCUCAAAUCAUAUCUGAAGGUCUUUAUGCAAUUGCUGUAGUUCUGAGUUUCUCAAGAAUAGCUUAUAUUUUACCAGCCAACGAAAGCUUUGGACCUCUGCAGAUAUCGCUUGGGAGAACAGUGAAGGACAUCUUCAAGUUCAUGGUCAUAUUCAUCAUGGUGUUCGUGGCCUUCAUGAUUGGGAUGUUCAACCUCUACUCCUACUACAUUGGUGCAAAACAAAAUGAAGCUUUCACAACAGUGGAGGAGAGUUUUAAGACACUGUUCUGGGCUAUCUUUGGACUUUCUGAAGUGAAGUCAGUGGUCAUCAACUAUAAUCACAAAUUCAUUGAAAACAUUGGUUAUGUUCUUUAUGGAGUCUAUAAUGUCACAAUGGUCAUUGUUUUGCUCAAUAUGCUAAUUGCAAUGAUCAACAGUUCCUUCCAGGAAAUUGAGGAUGAUGCUGAUGUGGAAUGGAAAUUUGCAAGGGCCAAACUUUGGUUUUCCUACUUUGAGGAGGGAAGAACUCUACCUGUUCCUUUCAACCUGGUGCCAAGUCCAAAGUCCCUGUUUUAUCUCUUACUGAGACUUAAAAAGUGGAUUUCUGAGAUGUUCCAGGGCCAUAAGAAAGGUUUCCAGGAGGAUGCAGAGAUGAACAAGAGAAAUGAAGAAAAGAAAUUAGGAAUUUUGGGGAGUCACGAAGACCUUUCAAAAUUACCACUUGACAAAAAACAGCUUGGGCAUAGUAAACAAUCAAGUGUGAGGAGCUCAGAAGAUUUCCAGUUAAACAGUUUCAAUAAUCCUCCCAGACAAUAUCAGAAAAUUAUGAAGAGGCUCAUUAAAAGAUAUGUACUACAAGCCCAGGUAGAUAGAGAGAGUGACGAAGUGAAUGAAGGGGAACUGAAGGAAAUUAAACAGGACAUCUCAAGCCUCCGCUAUGAACUCCUUGAAGAAAAAACUCAGAAUUCAGAAGACCUAGCAGAACUUAUUAGAAAACUUGAGGAGAAAUUAUCAAUGGAACCAAAUCAAGAGGAAAGCAAUAGAUAAUGCAAAGACUUCCUUUAAAAAUCAUAUUUAUUUGUCCACUUGAAGCCAUAUUAUCUUCCAAUUUAUUUUUUUAAGUGACAGUGUGACCACCUUUUAAACAAGAAAAUGUCCAAAGAUAACUUGGAUCAUCCCAUCAUCCGAAACCCUAAUAUUUAAUAUUUUUGGUCAUUGAAUUUCAUUGUUCAGGCUAAAGUUUUCAGAUUAUGAUGGGAAUUGUGCCUGGUUGUUUGACACUUGUUUUUAUAACUGCCUUCUUGGGUAUAACUAUUGUGAUGAUGUGAUUCUGUGUCGUGUCUGCUUGGGGACACUCUCUGUGCAGCAUUUCUCUUGAAGGUCACUUCAGGUAACUUCUUGCCUGCUUUAUGGGUCCCCUGAUGGUGACUUCCAGCCCUGAAACCUAGGGAAAGAUGAUCUAUGGCUAUUUGGAGAAUGCUGUUUAAUCAUCUACUCUGCUUGGCCCCCACAGACUAUGAUUGGUAAUAUCUGUGCAAAAUGCGAUUAAAUCUUUCCUGAACUUUCUGACUCAUCUCACUGAAAAUGUUACACUUAACAGUGAAAAAGUGCUUCCUCUACUGAGCUCUGGAAACAUGGUUUAGUUUGUGUGCAUGCGCGUGUGUGUGUGCAUGUGUGUUUCUGCACUCACACAUGAGUGCGUAUGAGAUGCUUGUCCUGUUUGCUUUUGCAGCCAGUACAGACUCUCGAAACCUCUUAUGGUUUCUUUUUUUUUUUUACUGUGACUUAAAGAUUAUUGGAGAACCCUUUAUUGGAGAAGUAUCAAAGUCACAAAUGAUUGCGGUGAUUUGGUCCAAUGAUAGCAUAGUUUUGUGCCAUUUCUGAGGGCAUUUACAGGGGAAGUCCCACAUUUGGCGUCGAGUAUAAAGAAAAAGAAGUGUGGAGGGAACUUGCAAAUACUUACCUGUCACUCUCAGUAUGUUCUCCCCUCCUGUCAAAAUAUAUCAAACAGGAAUCUGCAUUUGUACACAUUUGCGGGUGUUCUUACUGAUGAUUUGAGGCAAUAUCUAAAACAACACAGAGAGAAAUGAACGUUCAUCUGUUCGACCUGACAAACUGCCAACAUUUAAAUGACGCUGGGCAUUAACGGGAAGUGUUGCUUUAAACUCAAUAAAGGGAGGCUUCAAAUACAAAUUUUUAACUUCAUUCUAGGGAUAAAAUGGUCACAAAAGUCUAGUUAACCCCAACUUUGGCUAAAUUUAAAUCAAAGAAGCUUUAUGUAAUCAGAUCAGAAAAUACAUCUGAGAUUUUAUAUUCAGUGAUUUUGUAUUUGUGGGUAUUGUUUAUUGAGAAGUUACUUGUUAAUACAGUAAAGGUGUGCUUUCAAAUGUUUUGUGAUAAUAUUUGAAUCAGAAGUUGUAAAAACCAACCUCCUACCAAAGGCUCUGUCAGCACAUUAAAAUAACCCAACAUCCACAAAGUUUGUGUAGCGUGCCGAGCAAGAGGUUGCCCUCCCCGUGCCAAGGGGCGCUCUGGCCGCGAAUGGGCUCGACUCCAGAGAAUCAAGAAAACAUACUCAGAUUCCCCGGUGUCUUUAGGUCGGGCUGGCCUGACGAGAUACAGGUUUUAGGAAGUGCAACAGGCAUGAUUCUGGCUCUCCCAGUAAAAACACCACCAUCAGGUGCUGUCUCGUGACUCUGCAAAAUUAAUAUGUCCUCAAGUCAGUGGAUUCUCCUCAAAGUGCCGCUGAGUUGGCCCCUUUUCUAAUUUCUUUUCGAUUUGGACAUGAAAAGAGAAACCAACCAUUAUGUUAAGAAAGGCUUUAAAAAUUGCAACAAGAGCUUAAUUAAAGGCAUAUUGUCUGUCAAAGAUGGUUCUGAGCAUGACUACCCUUCGUGAGUCUCAAGGCCGUUGGCUGUAAAUCCUGUAUUCCUGUUGCAGUCAGCCUAACCUUUAAAAAUAAAGUGAUUCCUCAGUUGAAAUGUA